CGCUUGGCUGGGUAGUCUGGCCUUUUUGAUUGACAUCCUUUCUUUUCUUUUCUUCCCCCCGAAAUUGCCAUCCAUUCAAGUAUGUAAGACCGGUGUAUCUGGAGGAGAGCAAGCUCUUGGAAGCGCAUCAUGUACAUAUCUAUCUAGCUGCGUCGAACGCGUGGGCUCUAGAUCCGUCAGAGACCAACCGCAAAGAAGACAUCGGAGAAAGGAAAAGAAACAUCACCUUAGCUGAUCUAGCUUGCAUGAUAUAUGGUAAGGUAUGGAUAUAACCCCGCCAUCACGGCCAAUGUUGUGGGUGGUGGUCUUUGCGUCCAUCUUCCUGUCUUCCUCAGCCACGACCAUGAGUCCGGAUAUCCCCCCAGGACAGUCGGCCCCCUUCCAGGUGGUGGACGACUUGCAUCACGGAGCGUGGAUCAUCAUCAACGGUGCGAUGGGCCUGGUGCUUUCACUGGCCAGCUUCUUCAUCCGACUGUAUGUGCGGCUGGCACUGCAUCCGCCCUUCGCGUAUGAUGAUUAUGUCCUGUUGGGAGCGAGGACCGUCGCCAUCAUCCAAUCCGCCCUCCUAUUCGACGCGACCUCCCUCGGCCUGGGAACGUCCACCCACCUCCUCCAACCCACCAACAACCAGCUAACCCAAAUCCAAACCCUCACCACCAUCGGCGACAUCCUCUUCCUCACCACCCUCUACAUCUCCAAAUGCUGCGUCCUAGGCAUCUACCUCCGUCUGACGCCCCGGAAGCCGCACAACCGGGCCUCGCAGGCCACCCUGGCUCUCUGCACCGCGUGCCUCAUCGCCGCCGUGCUCGUCGUCGCCGUGAACUGCGAGCUGAAUCGUCCCUGGGAAGGAUUCGGGGCGCAAUGCGUGGAUCUUCUUCAACGGUGGCGAUUCAUCGUCGCGCUCGAUAUCGUAACGGAACUGAUCCUCUUUGGGCUGGCCGUUGCGCUUCUCUGGGGGUUGUUUAUGUCUGUAGGACGGAAGUUGAUGAUCGGGUUUGCGUUUGUGUUUCGGCUUCCCCUAAUCAUCUUCUCCAUCCUCCACAUCAUCACCAUCCAGCAGAACAUCCACGAUCCCGACCCCACGCUCGCCGUCGUGGGCCCCAUCAUCUGGGCGCAGGUCGAACUCAACUACGCCCUGGUGGCGUGCAGCGUGUUCUGCCUGCGACCGUUCAUGGCCGCCGUGAGCACGAAUUAUGGGACCGCGGGGGACUCGAAUCUGGAGGGUAGCGGAGGCGCGAGGUCGUUGAAGAUCCGCGGGGGCUUGUCGUCGAAGGAGGGGUCCGGGGGGAGGUCCCUGGCGGGGGCUGGGGCGAGGGAUGGGAGGAGGGAGGGGAGGAAUGGUGUUGCUGGGCGGUCUAUUGAGCUUGAGCUAGAUCUUGUGGAGAGAGGGGGGCGGGAUAGCGUUGGGAGUGAGGGUGGGAGUGCGAAGAAGAUGGUUAUUCGGAAGGAUGUGGAGUAUUCCAUCGAGUAUAACGGUGAGAGCUCCAAUGCGGGUGGGCAAGGUAUGGAUUACUGGGUUUGA